GAGUUUCAGGAAUACGGUAAAGUCGCACAGGCAAGUGCGAAGGAGGUAGGAAGGUCCCUGCUCUGACGCAGGCAUCGCUUGCUAUGCGCAUGCUCCGAAUAUUUGCUGGGUUUCCACGCUUGACUCGGAGCCUCAUGCCUGGGCCGAAGCGCCCCCGGCCAGCCCGCAUCGGCACCCACGGGGGUACGUUCCACUGCGACGAGGCGCUCGCAUGCUUCUUCCUGCGGCUUCUUCCCGCUUAUCAGCACCAGCUACUACUACAAAGGAAUGGUGAAGGGAUACUGAACAGAAACCACAAAGUGGACAGCCAGAAUGGCACCAGGCCCAUUUUGUUUCAGAGUUUUUGUUUUGUUAUCGCCCUGCUGUGCUCUCAGGAUGCAGAGAUUGUCCGCACGCGGGAUUCCCAGCUGCUGUCAGAGUGUGAUGUUGUGGUGGACGUUGGAGGCGAGUAUGACCCUCAGAAGCAUCGCUAUGACCAUCACCAAAGGUCCUUCAGGGAGUCCAUGCACAGUCUGAAGCCUGAUAAACCUUGGCAGACCAAGCUGAGUAGUGCAGGACUGGUGUAUGUCCAUUUUGGCUCUGAGAUUCUGGCCAGCCAGCUGGGCCUAAAGGAGGAGGAUCCUGUUGUGCAUGUGCUCUAUGACAAGUUGUACGAGAACUUUGUGGAAGAGAUUGAUGCGAUAGACAAUGGCAUCUCCCAGUGGGACGGGGAGCCCCAUUAUGCCAUGACUACCAAUGUGAGCUCCAGGGUUAGUUACCUGAACCCCCGCUGGAAUGACAAGGAUCAGGACACUGAGCCUGGUUUCCAGAAGGCCAUGGAGCUGGUGGGCAACGAAUUCUUGGACCGGCUUGAUUACUAUUACCGUGCCUGGUUUCCUGCACGCGCCCUUGUGGAGAAGGCCCUCCAGCAGCGCUUUGAGGUUGACCCCAGCGGUGAGAUUCUGGUGUUGGCACAGGGUGGUUGUCCAUGGAAGGAGCAUCUUUUCAGCCUAGAGGAAGAGCUGGAUGUGAAGAAACCUCUCAAAUUUAUCUUGUACACAGAUCUAGGGGGGCAGUGGCGGGUACAAUGUGUCCCUGCAGGGCUGCGCACCUUCCAGAACAGAUUGUCACUUCUGGAGGAGUGGCGUGGUUUACGCGAUGAGGAACUCUCCCAGGUCAGCGGGAUCCCUGGCUGCGUCUUCGUGCACUCCAGCGGCUUCAUUGGGGGAAACCACACUAAGGAGGGUGCGCUAGAAAUGGCACGGAAGACGUUGGCACAGCAGACUGAAACUAGCGCGUGCAGCUCUUGAGCCGCUAAGCCCCACCCAUCUGGACUUGAGGGGGGUUGUUUGUUUCGUGGGCUUGCCAUAAACUUUGUUUUUUCCAAAAAAGUGUUUUUUGUGUUUGUGAGAAAAAAUGCUGGUCAAACCACAGGGGUUGCCAACCUUUUUGGGCGAGUGGGCUCACUUGGAAUUUAGUGAGAAUGCCAAGGUUGCCUGUCACAAGAAGGCCGUUGUGGGAACUUGACAUAACACAAAGUGGCUGCCACUUCUUAAGAGCAGAAAAAGAGACAGGACCACAAAGUGGUGCACGUGUCUCCCCGCACCAAUCAAUCACCCCAUCGAUGGGAGAAAAAAGGCAUCAACAUCAGCCGCCACCAUGCUCGCUCACAGAGAGAAGUCCUUUGCUCCUCUGCUCUGUUCAGGACAGAAGAGGAUGGAUUUCCAGUCCUGGCAUCCAAUGAAAUGUAUCCAUGUUUAAGGGGGCAUUUUGGAGAGGAUGAGCCAGUGGAAAUCAGAAUCCAGCAUGAAGAGCAUUGUGGAUUUUUCAGGGGAUAUUUACUGAGACCUUUAGCAGGAGUACUGGUGGGCACAUUGGAGCCAGUAGGUGCCAUGAUGGUGACCCCUUAGCUGGAAGUAAACACUCAAAAGCUACGCCAAGUCAAAUCAUUUGGGAAUGAAGUUGAAAGGGCUUUGCCAUCUCUUUCCAGACUCUCUUAGGAGUUGGUCACAUGGGAAGAUACCCGGUUCAGAAACCAAGUGAUGGAUUUAGAGGCACAUAAACAUAAAGAGGGAAUGGCUGGCAUGAUAGGAGGGUGGAGGACCACUGCACCUGUGACCCAAUUUGUGUUAAUGUCAUGAAGGCUGUAGACACUGUACUUUGUGCUAAAAAUAAUAAAAAAAUUGUGCCCGGGCAAUCUGAAUUUGG